AUGUCAGACCACGAAACCACUAACCCAGAUUUAUUGUCUUCACCCUCAAACCGUUCCACUACCGAGAAUAACGGCUCGACAAGCGUGUUUUCUGACACAGCGUUGGACACGCAGCUGUAUUAUUUACUAAAUAGGGAAACAGAAUUACGAUUACAGAUUGAUGAAUUAGUAGAGGAGAUUUCACAAUUAGAGACUUCAUUGAAUAAGUACAAGGUCAAUAGUAGUGUUGGAGAUGAUAAUGGAGGUAGCGACAACAAGAACGAUCUAGAGAACGAGACGACUGAUGAUAAUGUUGAUAAUGAGGAUCGCUGGGAAGAAUUCAAAGCACCCGAAUGGUGCAUACCUAUAAAAGCUGACGUGUUGACAUUUGAAUGGGAUGCAAGUCUACUAUCCAAAGAAUGUCAGUUCGACGUAAUUCUAAUGGAUCCUCCGUGGCAAUUAGCAACCCAUGCACCGACUCGUGGUGUAGCAAUAGCUUAUCAGCAAUUACCGGAUAUUUGUAUAGAAGAACUACCGAUAACAAAACUACAAAAAAACGGUUUCCUUUUUAUUUGGGUGAUCAAUAAUAAAUACACCAAAGCUUUCGAAAUGAUGAAAAAAUGGGGCUACACGUACUGUGAUGACAUCACGUGGGUAAAACAAACUGUAAAUAGAAGGAUGGCUAAAGGUCACGGGUUUUAUUUACAGCAUGCAAAGGAAACCUGUCUAAUAGGAAGAAAGGGAGAAGAUCCACCAGGAUGCAAUCAUUCGAUUUCAUCUGAUGUAAUCUUUUCAGAAAGGCGUGGGCAAAGUCAGAAACCCGAGGAAUUGUAUGAAAUGAUUGAAGAAUUGAUUCCAAAUGGAAAUUAUCUGGAAAUAUUUGGCCGAAAGAACAAUUUAAGGGAUUAUUGGGUGACCAUUGGUAAUGAAUUAUACGUAGGUGAACGUAGGUCGUUUGAAAUGGCAACAAAAGAAAGUUCUCAAGAACCCGUCCAAGAAUCAAAUUCUAGCGAUCACGAGCAAAAAAUCGAUCCAGCACCUGUUACAGAAGUCUCAGGAGAAUCAGGGAUAGGUGUGAAAACAGAGGAAGAAGCGUUACCAAAGUUUACGCCAGAGGAAAUAAAAAAUUUGAUAGAAUUGGCGAAUAGUUAUAAAAUAACAGGAAAUGAGCAUUUUUCAAUGUUGAAAUUCGAGGAAGCUAUUGUAGAAUAUGAAAAGGCUUUGGAUACUUGUCCGGAUGAGAUUAGAAACGAACGGGCAAUCUAUUGGGGGAAUCUCGGAGCUUGCUACGUCAAAUUGGGAAAGUAUCAGGAAGCUGUAGAGGCAUGCACCAAAGCACUCGAAGAUUUGCCAACAUACACUAAAGUUUUGUUACGGCGAGCGCAAGCUAACGAAAAACUCCAUACCCAUACGUCAUUAUCAUCCGCACUUGAAGAUUAUAAGACAUUACAAUCUACUCCAUCACAUCAAUCAGAAUUGAGUUCUACCACACGCAAAUCAAUUAAUUCAUCGAUACAGAAUUUACCGAUGAUAAUUGCUCAGCAGCAAGAAAAUGAAAAAAACGAGAUGUUGGGUAAAUUAAAAGACUUUGGUAAUACCAUAUUGGGAAAAUUUGGAUUGUCAACCGACAAUUUUAAAAUGGUGAAGGAUCCUAAUAGUGAUGGAUAUAAUAUCCAAUUUGUUAAUAAUGCGGGUGGGAGUGGUGAAAGUUCCGAUUAA